UCUACGGUAGUCACUCCUCUCUGGCCAUUGCUUCACAUGCCUUGGAGCAUUCGAGCUGUGCGUUUGGUUGUGGGAUUUGCUCUAAACAGCCGCAGUUAAUAAACAUCAUCGAUAUUGAUUCAUUAAAUAGCCAUAAUUUAAGUCAGUGAUUCAAUUAAUUCUUAUUGCUUCACCAUGGAUGAGGAUAGUCGGAUUGUAUUUUGUGGUAAUCUAAGUAGUAGAUGCAAUGAGGACAUACUUUAUGAGCUGUUUCUACAGGCUGGGCCAGUGGAGAAAGUAAACAUUCCCAAGGAUCGUGAUGGGAACCAAAAAAAAUUUGGAUUUGUUACAUUCCGACAUUCGGUAUCAGUCCCCUACGCCUUGAAUUUACUCGAGGGUACAUCAAUCUACAGUCGUCCAUUGACAAUUAGGGCGAGACAAUCAUCACCAGAACAGAACAUCGGGAUUAUUCCUCGAAAAGUUAAUAACUCCAAUGCAAAUGAAAUGGCUGCAUUUGAUAAUCAAGUAUUGAUGGGGUAUCAGAUGUCCCAAGUGGGAUACAAUAUGAUGUCCAUGAUUGUUCCACCCCGUUUAAUGGCGUAUCCCAUUCAAAAUCCAAUCUUAUCCAAUGCGUAUCCUCACGGAAAAGAGGACGGAUUAUUCAGCAGGAAUCAUUCUCAUGCCCGUGAUCGUGACAGCACCAGAGAUAGAGAUUACAGAAGGGAUUAUGAUCGCCAUGAUAAUAACCGCGAACGCAAUCAUCAUGGGCGCGAGCAUCACAGAAGUUCCAAGAGACAUCGCUUAAAUGACAGUCGAAGUGGUAGAAAUUGUUGGUGAAUAUUGGCAAAAUUUUAUAAUACUGCCUUUUUUUUAGUUUAAUCAUUAUUCUUAUUGAUAAUAAAAGAACGCCAUGAUUUUAUGUUGGACUAAUGCUUGUAAAACGAAUUGAAUCAUGUCCAUAUACAUGUUGAUUUGCCUUUAUGAAGGAUUGUAUAACUCCUCCUUUCAUUUUUCACUUUUUUCCUUUCACACUGAAACAUGAUCAAUCAAAAAUGCAUAUAAAUUUAUUGUAAAAAUUCAAAUGAUUAAAAUUGUUUUGUAAAGAA